CUGAGCUACCACGGCUCUACGAGGCGUGUCUACUCUAAGAAAAAAUACAUAAAUAUUAUUAUCGAUCUGAACACUAAAAUGAGUGAUAGCAGUGAUUCGGUAAAAACCGCGGGAUCAACGGCAAAGUCAGAAAAAGUGACCAUGCGGCGCGCUCAACGUGUGCGCGUCCCUACAGAAGACGAACGUGAUAAAAUGGCGGACGCACGUAAAAUUAACAUAAAGGUGCCUCCAUUUUCUCCAGACGACCCGGAGAUUUGGUUUGCACUACUAGAAAGCCAAUUCGGUUUGCGUAACUCUGGGCAAACUUUCCAAAGGUUUGUUGAUGAGAUGACCAGAGGCCUCGAUUUCUGCUACUGUUUUCUCGACGAUUUCCUUGUCUUCUCGAAAACAGAAGCAGAACAUCGAGACCACCUUCACCAACUGUUUAACCGAAUGAAGGAAUACGGUAUCCUCAUAAACUCGUCAAAAUGUGUCUUCGGAGCUAGCGAGGUGUCAUUCUUAGGACACCAUAUCUCAGAAGCCGGUUCUAAGCCUUUGAACUCAAAAGUCGAGGCCAUACAAAAUUUUCCACCUCCGAAAACCAUACGCCAGCUAAGGAGAUUCCUGGGCAUGGUAAAUUUUUACAGGCGCUUUCUACCAAAUGCGGCUAGGAUUCAGCUGCCGCUGAAUGCUUUACUUUCCGGUUUGGUCAAGGCGUCUCAACCGAUCGAUCUCACCGGGGAAGCAUUAGCUUCCUUCAAUGAGUGCAAGAACAGCCUUUCCCAAGCUGCUCUACUCGCACACCCUGACUGCAACGCCAAACUUGCUCUGGUAACAGAUGCAUCAGAUUUGGCUAUGGGUGCAGUUUUGCAGCAGUUUAAGGAUGGUUUUUGGCAACCUCUUGCUUUCUUUUCUCGAAAGCUAAGUCCUUCCCAAAUGAAGUACUCACCAUAUGACCGUGAGCUUUUGGCGAUAUAUGAAAGCAUAAAAUACUUUCGGCACAUGCUAGAGGCAAGGCACUUUGUAGCAUAUACUGAUCAUAAGCCGCUCAGUUACGCUUUUCAUGAUAGGAAAGUCAACUGUUCGCCUCGUCAGUACCGCUACCUCGAUUACAUCUCGCAGUUUACGACCGACAUCCGCCACAUUUCGGGCAAGGAUAAUGUCGUGGCUGACACCUUGUCUCGAAUCGAGGAACUGCAAAUGCCAAUCGAUCUAGAUCUACUUGCAAAAUCCCAAGCCUCUGAUGCGGAACUGACUGAUAUCUUGAGCAGUGAAUCAUCACUUUCACUGCGUAUAGAACAGUUCAAGCUUCCGAACAGUAGCUCGGAACUAUAUUGCGACGUGAGCACACCGUCACCUAGACCAUUUGUGACAAAGCCCUUCCGUAAAAAACUCUUCGAUAGUCUUCAUAACCUCAGCCACCCAGGCGUCAGAGCGUCAACCAAACUUGUAGCGGAGCGGUUCGUUUGGCCUGGGAUGCGUAAAGACUGUCGAGAGUGGUCACGGAACUGUCUGGCGUGUCAACGUGCAAAGGUGCAUCGCCACGUGUCAUCUCCCUUCGGCACGUUCGAUCUACCCAAGGCACGUUUUUCUUUUAUCCAUGUGGACAUAAUAGGCCCACUGCCCCCAUCACAGGGAAAUCGAUACUGCCUCACCAUCGUGGACCGUUUCACACGCUGGCCCGAAGUCUCGCCAAUGGUCGAUAUGACGGCUGAGACCGUUGGAAAGGCUCUGAUAUCGUGGAUAUCCAGAUUUGGAUGUCCAACUGAUAUCGUAACGGAUCGCGGACGACAGUUUGAAUCCACCCUUUUUCAUUAUUUAGGAAAAAUGAUUGGAUUCAAACAUCGAAAAGCUACCGCGUAUCACCCAGCGUGUAACGGUAUGGUGGAACGGUUUCACCGGCAACUAAAGGCAGCAAUAAUGUGUCACGCAGACAGCAACUGGGUAGACACAUUGCCUUUAGUACUGUUGGGUAUUAGGUCCUCUUAUAAAGAAGAGCUUAAAGCUUCGUCGGCAGAGUUGGUAUACGGAGAGCCCUUACGUCUUCCAGGGCAAUUUUUCCAACCAGUUGCUCUGGAUAACACCGAUUUAUCAGAAUUUACCACUCGCCUUCGACAGCUCACCCAGAAGCUAUCACCGACACCUGCCACACGUCACAGUAAAAACAACAUCUUUGUACAUAAAGAUUUAAAAGUUUCAACGCACGUAUUUUUGCGAGACGAUGCCUUAAGAGGUGCAUUGCAACCUCCAUAUUCUGGCCCUUACGAAGUGGUCGAACACGGGGAUAAAACAUUUAAAAUAUGGGUAAAAGGGAAAGCUGUAACAGUAUCGAUAGACCGUCUUAAGCCAGCCUAUAUACUGACAGACCCCUCACCAAAUUCCAUCCCUACUUUUUAUCCUCAACCUGUCCCUAAACCGUCAGAAUCCACCGAUACAGCAGCAACUCCUGUCAAGGAAAACGUUAAACGUACGCGCUUGGGGCGCGUUGUACGUUUCCCUGAUUUUUAUCGCCCGUAG